AUGAGCGGUAACCACAAGUCCAAACUUAUAAAUCGAGUCCAUUCGGCGUUCAUUCGAGCUGAUGGCACGGAGGCCUCGCCUCCCACCAGCGUUUCGUCGGCUCCACCGUCGUCAAAAGCGCUGUUUUCCAAACCCAAACUUUCGAAAAAUCCUCCGCAAUUGGAACGGUCGUCGCUGUCGGACAUUUUUGAGCGGUCCAUCUCCACGGCGCUGUUCCUGCCCCCACUUUCGGCGGUGACUUCGCAGUCGGGACAGCCCCAGGCCCCGCACAAACACCUGGUGGCACAUCUGGUGCCACAUCUGGUGCCGCACCUGGCACGGUCACGCAGCAUGUCCACGGUGAGUGCGUCGUCGCAGAUGUCUCAAACUCCGUACGCCAUUCCUAUGCAUCACAAUACCGAGGACUUCAUUGCCCCCGUAUUGGACACCACCACGGAGGUGCUUAGCGACCCCUCCAUAGAUAUGAACGAUGUUGAAAUUGUGUGCCCGUGCGACACUGAUGAAGACCUGGAUCACGAUUGCGCUGCUGUUCGGCCUCCGGUGCUGAGAUCGCGGUCCAGAUCUCGGUCUAGGUCCAUCAUCUCCAUGUCGCUUCGCCAGUGUAUCAACGGCGCCAAUUCUACUUCGGUGCACUCCGGAUCGGGCUCGGUGUCGCCCACCAUGACCCAUGUCAAACUGAGCCUGUCGAUUGCAAACAGAAACUCCAGUUUACAGAGCCUGGUGGAUAAGGGCGAUGCGUCGCCAUCAAAAACUACCAUCAAUUUUUACUCGUUUGCAGACAUGGUUAACGCAGAAAACCAUAUGGCCAGCCUUCUGCUUGGUCCCAGCACAUUUGAUGAAGUCGUGCAAGAAGAGGAUCCACUCUACGAAACCAACGAAGAAGAACACUACACCAGCCCGGGAGAACAGCAGACCAAUUCUGAACGAAUUGAGAAAUUUUACGGAUUUCGGUUGGGCAGUCCACCUAAUAAGUUUCACCGCACCCGGUCGCAUGGAUCCACCACCCUGGGUAUUGAACCCAAUGAUCCCCGCUUGGGAUAUCAAUCCAUGAGCGUCAAAGAGUAUAUAUCAUCUGUUCCUCAAUAA